UGAUCCCGCCGGCUGAAGGCUGGGUUUAACGGUGCCAGGGGCAGCUUCAUCUUCCCUGGGGACUGACACCGUUUGUUCAAUGCUGGUGUGGUCGAGAUUCCACUGAUGAUAAUUAUGAGACUACUUCUCUUUCUUAGCGCGGUUCUCAGCACUUUCGGAAGAAAUGUAGCGAAGUCCCGUCCGGCAGGUAACUGCGUGUCUGUCUGCACUGGUACCAAUUAUCUGAAUUACCAGAAAGGGCUCCGAUAUACCUAUGAGUACACAACUGUUGCUAAUACAUUCCUGCAAGGAAAUUCCCAUGAGAACAGUGGACUUACAGUAGAAUGUUUGGUGAAUAUUGAUGUCAUUGACAAGUGUCACUUCAUCUUAACGCUCAAGCAAACCCAGAUUAAAGGAUCCAUGUCAAACAAGGAGGAGUUUGUUCCAGAUCACGAGAAGCUGAGAGCUGCCCUUGAGAAAUAUCCACUUCAUUUUUCUUUCCAAGAUGGAAUAAUUCCUGAGAUCUGUCCUGUAGAAGGUGAAGAAACCUGGUCAUUGAACAUUAAACGAGGCAUCCUCAGUGUUUUCCAAGAUUCAUACACAGCGAAUAAAAAGGAAACAGUCGAGGAGGUCGAUAUUUCGGGCAAGUGUCCAUCUACAUACAAGGUGCAGGGUUCUCUUCUUGUGAAGUCUAAAGACCUGAACCACUGUUCCCCACGUGGAAUGGCUGUCACUUCACUGCAGUCAGUUGUUCUACCACAUUCUACAUCUCACCAGCAGAUCCUGGAUUCCCAGCUGGAAUGUGUGCAGAGCUACAAAGAUGGCAUCGUACAUGUAACCACCUGUAGUGAGUCAAAUGUCUUUCGAUUUUUCUCCAAAGAAGGGAAGGGUGCAAAGACAGAGGUCUUCACAACAUUGAAACUUUUGAAGAAAGAAGAAGUAACAUCCACGUUCAGAGUGGAUCUGAAGACAUUCCACCGCAACACUUUGAUAUUUGAAAGAGAAAGCGAGGAAGGGAAAACUGUGGAAUAUACAAGUGCAGCUAGAGUGGCGGAGGCUGUGAGACAGCUCUGCUUAGUCAAAGGCAUGACCUUGGAGUCUGCAGAUCUUUUCACGUUGGUGGUGUUUGACCUCCGGAGACUUUCCAUAGGUGAUCUUCGAGACUUGUGGCAGCAAGCAUCAUUCAAGUGCAGAGACAACUGGCAGCCUCUGGUGGAUACUUUACCAUCCUGUGGAACAGAAGCAUGCAUCAAUUUCCUGACAGAAGUCAUUCUGUCUAAAGAGCUGGAUAAAGAUAGAACAGACACCUUUCUGUGGUCCUUGGCUUUCAUUCCAGAGCCUACAUCGUCUAUUGUUGCCACAAUUACUGCUCUGAUGGAAUCACCAGAUGCAAGUAGGCAGACCUUUCUUGGAACUUCGUCACUGCUUCAUAACUUUUGUUCAAAGAACAGAAGAUGUCAAGAAGUACCGGAGGUACAGGAGUUCAUGAAGAUUCUGGAAGGUUAUGUCCAAGGAAACUGUAAAGCACGGGAGUCUGACAAAAAGGAAAAGGUGCUGAUGUCCUUGAAAGCAAUUGGAAACGCUGGUCUUGCAGCUGGAGCUCUGAUCCCGACACUGAAUAAGUGCGUGCAGUCGAAAACUAAUUUGCUGCAAGUGCGACUUGCUGCUAUUUAUGCUUUCCGGAGAAUUCCCUGCAAAGCUGAUCGCACUGUGUUAGUUCAGCUGUAUCAGACAAUGGAUGAAGAUGUGGAGCUCCGAAUUGCAGCUUACUGCAUCUUAAUGAGAUGCCCCAGCGAUCAGCUGUUCGAAAUAGUAGGCCUCACUCUGCGGAAGGAAAAAUCCACUCAAGUGGGCUCGUUUGUGUGGACCCAUUUAUCUCAGAUCAUGGAAACAAAUAACCCCCUCAAACAGCAGCUGAGGGAAUCUCUUCCCAAUUAUAUCAUCAGCAAAGACUUUGACCUAGAACACUGGAAAUAUUCAUCGUAUAUGGAUGCCACUUUUCUGUCAGAAUCAUUUUCUGUUGGGACAAAUGCAGAAGCUGCUCUUGUUUUCUCUCCAAAGUCCUUUUUGCCUCGUUCAGUAAUGGCAAAUCUCACCGUGUUUGCAAUGGGCCAUGCUGUCAAUCUCCUGGAGGCAGUACAGAUAUUUAUUCCCAUUGACUUCAAUGAUGUGAACCCAGAGGAUUCACUGAACCAGCGAUCUCAGACACCAGGUCUGCAGGCAUUGAAAGUCCUGGGUUGGAGGUCUGUAAGGGCAGGAGUCAUGAAGGGAGUAACCCCCUUCGCCGGUUACAGGAGUAACCCCCUUCCCCUGUACAGAUCCAGAGGUCGAGGCGCAAAGUUCAGGCCCUUGAUCGGUGAAUACAGGGGUUGA